UGACUUGCUAUUGCACAGCAUGAAAAUUUUUUUGACUUUGAUGUCAAAAUAAUAAGCUCCAAGUUUUGUCAGCCAAAAAUAUUCUCAAUUGUAUCAGAAUGCUCAUUUUCUUAGACAAAAACUAUCCACAAGCUUCUGCAUGGCCAUGGAGAUCAUAGCAGAAUGAGAAAAUGCUAACACAAGAAACAAUAAUAAUAACAAAACUAUCUUUUACAUUAUACAAGUCUCUGCACAAGAAAGCAGCUCCAAUUUUUAUUUAAGUGCUAAUGAGAUAUUGUAUGUUUCAGUUGUGAUUACCUUAGCUUUGAUAGAUCUAUACAUACAGUAUUGUUACAAUGCGCAACUUGACGGUCUGCCCAUCAAAAGCCAUUCACUGGCUUCUAUUGGCAACAGAAAAUUACUAUGUACACUAGCUAUAAUUUGCUUAGAUCUAGCCCCUGCCUCAACUUUGUGGGAUUACACUAAAAGCAUUCAGUCAAUUUGCUCUACAGGCUCAGUUGGUUCUCUCUCUCCUUCAUUCUUUGCCAAUCAUGGGAUUCUUAUCUACAGCCUUCACUAAAGCUGCUGUGAUAUUUCUGAUUGGUUUUGUAAUAAUUAACUCUCUUGGAUUAUAUUUUUAUGCUCGUGCUCCAAACAUGUUUGCUUACUAUAGUCCAUCAAAGCCCUACUCUCACAGCCCUCCUGAAGGACUUAAAUAUGAUUAUCUACCAUUUAACUAUUCCAAAAACUACACAAGGAACAAGUUCACUGUUGUCAUGCCAACUUAUAACCGUAGCAAUCAAUUGCCUAUUAUCAUAGGUCAUUAUUGUAACAUUUCCAAUGUACAUAAAAUAUUAGUCUUGUGGAAUAAUGUUGGGGAGCCAGUGCCUGAUCAGAUAAAGGAUUUUAAAUGUCGAGUACCAGUGAAGAUUAAGAUUAUGAAAGAAAAUAACUUAACGUCACGAUUUUGGCCUUACCCAGAAAUAGAAACUGAAGCAAUAUUUUCAGUUGAUGAUGACCGAAUGGUUGAUCCUCGUGGCAUGGAAAAAAGUUUUGCUGCAUGGAAGCUGUCACAUAAAUAA